UUUUUUAUGUUGAAAUGUCAAUCAUUUUCUGUCACUAUAACAGCUGAUGUGAGACUUAACAAAAAUGUUUUUUUCCAAAACACAAUGGACAAAGUUAGUAGUGUGAGUAAACCAACCCAGAAUUUUAUACUUUUUGUUAUCAUAAAUUCUAAUGCAUUAUAUUCCAGUUAAAAACUUCUCAUGAAGAUGGAUUCAAGUAACGAUAAUACAUUCAUCCCACUUGCAAAGCCUAAUGAAAAUAUUGGAAAGCAAGUGACUACCAAAACGGAGAAAACAAUAAUUGAGCCUGUUAAUCGAUCAAUUGACCCUGUUGAUAACGAGAUUGAACACUUGGAGAAUACAGUGGCACAAGACAAUCCACAUUUGAUAGCUGAUAACGAUAUUCAAACUGAAAAACUUGAUGGCCAAUUAGAAAAUCUUGGCGAAUCCGAUCCAUUACUUGAAAACAAAAUGGUUCAAGGAAUACGUUUAGAGGGGAAUGUUGAUGACGAUGCUGUCAAGUUACCAGAAAACGAACUUAAUUCAAAAUCUGUCUAUCUAGAUUUGGGAGAACCGGACAUGAUUGUUGAGGAUGAAGUUGGUGCAGCUGAUGAUAAUGAAACAAUUGAUGGCUCAUCAGAAAAGCUAACGAAAUCUCUUGUCUCGUUUGGCAACAGUGAAGAGCUCGAGACUCAGGAUGACAUGCAGGGGGUGACAGUAACUCAUUUUGAUAGCAACGCGGGAAAUGAGGACAGUGUGUAUGUGUGGAGUCAGGAGAUGGAAGACAACGCACGAUUCAUGGACUCGGCCAGUGAGACUUUCAGCAGGAUGUCGAUCAAGUCGAUGCCAUCAGCUGACUCGAUCCUGCACGGCUCCGACGAGUUGAUUACGUCAGGCAAGCAGAGAGUGUGCAAGAAGGCGUCCUGGCCUCGGAGGGUGUCGAUCAGUGACGACCCCCCGGCCCUCUACCUCACCGAAGCCUCGCAGUCAGCUGAUCAGCUGUCGGUAGACGAGCAGGAACCUUUCGAUGUGAAGGUGCGACGUGAAAGCGAGUUGACCGCCGCUGUCUUCAAGGACCAGGUGAAGAAAAUGCAGAUGACCACUGAGAAACAGUCUCUCUCCGACGAGGAGAUGACUGCGCCAGACGAGGACAACCAACAAUCUCAUACCUGUCAGGCUAAUUGAAUAAUUGUAAUUAUUAUCAAUCACCAUCCAUCAACAAAAGCAAAUCCAAAAAUAUUUUCUUCGUGCGUAAAUUUAGAUAUUGAGUCGUCUGUGAAUAAAAUAAAAAAUACAACAACAGAUUAUCAGUCAUUAA